AUGUUACAAACUCACAUGAUUUUUGUUUUCUUACUUAUUUACUUAACUAAUGAACUUAUAUUUGAUUAAGGAUUAUGUUAAGAAACAUGCUAAUAAUAGAAUCCAGAUUUUGAAUGCAAGAAUUAAACUCCAUUCAUUUUCAUUAUUAAUUUUAGUUCGCCUUUUGAAAACAUUCCUUAAGUUUUUAUUGUCUUAGAUCUUAUAAGUGUUGAUGUUAAGACAGACUUUAGAUUGGAGAUUUAAGAUAUUACUAAAUAGAGUAAAAUAUUUUAAAUAUUAUUUCAGGUUUUAACUUGCAUGUUGCUUGUUUGACUGGAUGGGCAAGCUGUCUUAGAUUAAAGUGGUAUGCUAUCGAUGAUUAAAGGUUUCAGAUAAUAAAUUUUUUUAAUACCAUAGAUUUAAUUUAAAAGACAGUGCCACAUAAAAACAAAAAUUUGAAUACAGAAAUUGGUCUUAUAACACUCGUAAGUCAUAAUUAUGAAGAAGUCAAUUUUAAAUUAAAAGUAAUUUGAAAUAUUUAAACAGAUUGAUGAAAUAACAAGUGAAGAUGUAACAGUUUCACUAAUAAAAUUACCUGAAAAUUUUGGGGAAUAAAUCUAAGUUGGGUUCCAAAUAAUUUUAGGACCAAAAGAAGCUUUUCAAGAAUUUAAUUUUAUUGAUUCAACAACAAAUUAUGAAUCUAUAAUCUAAGAGAAACAAAAUGCUUGGUUCAUAUCGACAUUUACUGGAAUGGGAUAUCCUUAUACUGAUGCAAUAAGAUUGGAUAAAUAAUAUCAAUUUUAAGAAAGCUCUAUUUAUAAAUAUAGUUUAUCCACUUGUAAAAAAUAUUACGAAAUUAGGGUACAGCGCCUUUACUCCUUGUUCUCACUCUCAUGGAUUUAUUUCUCAAAUUAUAAACUCAUUUUUCUAUUCCAUAAACCUUCAAAAAUUAUCAAUUGUACUAAUUUAACAUUCUUUAUCUGUUCCUUUAAUAUCUAUAAAUUUUACACAGAUUAAUAGAAUCUUAGAUUCUAAUGGAGAAUAUUAGGUAACUUUGGAUAAAGCUUUUGAUGAAGUUUUGAUAGAUAUUUAAAUAGCCUGUCCAGUAGGGAAAAUGGUUGAAGCGAAAUUUAAUAAAUGUUAUGAUUGUUCUAUUGAGAAAACUAAUUUUUAAAACUUUUAAUGCAGCAAUACAGCCAAAAAAAUUUAUUUCAAAAUUCAAUAUUCAAAAUAACCUUUAACAUUUGCUGAACUUAUAUUAAAAUAACAGGAUAAUCUAUGUUAAAUGAAUUAGUUAUUAUAUAAUCAAAAAUUUGAGGAGGUUGAGAUAUUCACACUAAAUAUUAAGGAUAUUUGA